AAGAAUCAAGCUAUUGACACUGACUUGCCUGGUCUCGGUCAACAUUACUGUAUUGAGUGCGCUCGUCAUUUCAUCUCGGAAGCUCAUUAUGCUGAACACUUGAAGAGUAAAUUACACAAGAGAAGACUCAAGAAGUUGGAAGACGAACCUUAUACACAAGAAGAAGCUGAUCGUGCUGCUGGUAUUAGUAAACCAGACAACGGUAAAAAAGGUGGUAGAGUCUUAAAGACACAAGAUGCUGUCAUGGAAGAUUAG